GUGCAAAGCUAGCUACCUUCUGCGACGCUCACAAACCUCUCUUCCUUCGCUCCCCAUCUCUCCCCCCCUCCCAUUUCAACGCAUCCUACCCUUCUACCGAGUCCUCAGCUCGCUAUGGCAGCUGCUAGAAUAACCCGCGCUGUAGUCCCACCGUGGGCCCUAUCCCCCUCCGCAUCUUGCCAGCGCACCCUCACCGCAAGCUGCACUUGCGCGGAGCCCCGCCUCGCGGCGAGCGAUGCCGCCUUCGUGACUGGCCGCCAAGGGGUGCGGGCGCAGGGGCUUGCGAAGCACCGAUCUACCAGCUCCGCGCACGAGCGCGCGUCUAAAUUAACUAGUGUUACUGGCGUUCCAGGUUUAUCCGCGCCCGGGGGGGCUAGAUCCGCGAAAGCCCGGGCGUUGGUUGUAACCGCUGCGUUCGCGAAGAAGGUCAAGGUGGGCGCAGGGAGGCCCAAGUGGACCCCGCGGAGGAGAAGCGCGGAGGAGGCGGAGUCCAAGAGUUUUGAGCAGAAGCGGUGGGAAGUGCUCAUGACGGAGCUUCUUGCAGCGGGGAAGAGGCGGCGGACCGGCGCGGCGGCGGUGGCGGACGGGCCUACGGUGGCGGAGAUUAUGGGGGAUGCGCGCAAGGCGGGGUGGCUGCAGCGGACGGACGUGGUGGGCGCGGUGGUGCGCCUGCAUCAGCUGCGCAUGUGGCAUGCUGUGGUGGAGGUGUUCGACUGGCUGCAGUCCCCCGACCAGCGCGCGGGGGGGUGGUGGCGCAUGUCGAAGCGCGAUUACGCCAUGCUCAUCACCGCCGCCGCGCGCUGCCACCACCUCGCGCGCGCGGAGCAGGCGCUGCGGGACCUGGUGAACGAGCGCGCGGAGGAGGAGGGCGCGGAGGGGGUGGCGGAACGGGGGGCGGAAGGGGAGGUCGCGGGGAGGCGCAUGGAGCCGAACACGGUGGUGAUGACGGGCAUGGUGGAGGCGUACGGUCGGUGCGGCCAGCUGGAGCAGGCGGAAGCGGUGGUGCGCCGCAUGGAGAGCAAGGGCCCCGCGCCCUCCGCGCUCACCUACCAGUGCCUGCUGAAAGGCUAUGCCUCGGCGGGGCGGGUGGAGGACGUGGAGCGCAUCUUUGAGGAGCUGCUGGUGCGCAGCGGACAGAGGUACGCGGAGGCGGAAGGGGAGGGGGAGGGGGAGGGGGAGGGGGAGGGGUCUGUGGACGCGGAUAUGGAAGUGAAGGGAGUACAUGCCGCAAGCACUUCAGGUAGUGGAAAGGAUUUGAAAGAAGAGGCAGCAGCAUCACCAGGAGCAGCGGCAGCAGCAGAAGCAGCAGCAGCAGCCGGGGAAGAAGCAGCAGCAGCAGCAGCACCAUCAGCAGCAGCAGCGGCGGCGGCAGUGCAAGUGGACGAGCGCAUGUUCAACGUGCUGAUCGACUGCUACGCGCGUGCGCGGCGCGUGGAGGACGCGUCGCGCAUGUACCGCCGCAUGAAGGCGCUGGGGGUGCUGCCGUCGCCCAGUACCUUCAACACCCUCAUGGCCAUGUUCGCGCGAGAAGCCCGCAGCAGAGAGGCUGAAGCCGUGCUCAAACAGAUGCAAGCAGCGGGGCUGCGGCCGGACGUGGUGACGUACACGGCGCUGAUGAGCGCGUAUGGCCGUGCGGGCAGGGCGGAGGAGGCACAGGCUGUGUUCCGAGACAUGGUCAUGUGCCGCAUCCGCCCCACGGCCAUCUCGUACACGGCUCUGAUCGACGCGUACGGGCGGGCAGGCGACGUGGACAACGCAGAGUUCCUCUUCAAGGAGAUGAAACGCAACCGGUACUUGCCGUCAGAGGCGGCAUUCAACGCGCUGCUCUCGGCCCACAGCCGUGCGGGCAGCAUGGAGCGCGCAGAGCAGCUGCUCCGACAGAUGUGGUGGGACGCUGAGGACCGGGGGGAGACACCAGCAGCAGCAGCAGCAGCCGCACCGGCAGGAAGCACAGGGGGAGGGGCAGACCACGAAUCCCCCAGUGGGGGAUCAUGGGCUGGAGAGGGAGGGGCGGGCGGGGCGGGCGGUGCUGGGUGGGCGGAGAAGGGGCAGUGGGGCGUGGAGUUUGGCGACGGGGGGAGGGUGAGCCCCAGCGCGACAACGUUCAACAUCGUGAUGAACGGGUACCGGCGCGAGGGCGACCUGGGGAAGGUGCUGCUCACCUUUGAGCGCAUGCUGGAAGCAGGGAUCGACCCCACGGUGGUCUCCUACUCUCUGUUGAUCUCCGCGCACGGUGACUGUGGGGACUUUGAGGGUGCUGUGGCAGCGUUUAAGGAGAUGGUGGAGGAGGCUGGGAUGCGGCCGGAUAGGGGGGUAAGGACGGCGCUGCUGCACGCGUGUGAGGUGGGCGAGGGGGGAGAGGAGGGGGGAGUGGAGGAGGAUGUGGUGAGUGCGAGGAAGGAGGAGGUGAGCCGGCUGCUGGCACCGUAUUUUGCGGGGGAGAGGUGGGGGGAGGAGGGGGUGGAGGAGGAGUGGAUAGCCUAGUAUGGAGCCAGGUAGGGUGCAUGUUCAGUGGUGUGUUCACGGAUGCUUGUCUGAGAACUGUGUCUGUCGAGCUUAGUAUGAUUCUUCAAUGGACUGGGCCUCCCUAAAAUGUAAGCAUAGGGUGUGCAUUCGUGAUACCUGCCCUGUCAGGCUCACCUGCUGUCUGAUGUCGGUUUAGACCAUUGACCUGCGUCUUUGAGGGAAUUGGUUGGAGGUGAGGGUGCCAACGGAGACUGCCUGCCUGUCAUGCCGUACGUAGCAGCGCUAGGGUUUUGGAGAAUAUUUGAUGAAGCAGCGUAGCAAUAUAGGUAAGACUCCAUUGGCAUUGUAAGGAUGAAGGUACUGGUACAACAAGCCGCAAUAAAGA